CAUCAGCUUCACGGAGAGUGGCCGACGUCAGGGCUACUCGAUGGACGUCGUAGAGAUGGGCGUUGACAGUCAGCUCGUGAAGAUCGGGUCCUGGAGCGACGUGUCAGGCUUCGAGCUCGCCAGCCACAAGCCGACCUAUCGCGAGCCCCAACACAGAGGGCGGCCCUCCAGAGGCCGCAGCUACAUCGUCACCAGCAUACCUGAGAAACCCUUCUUGAUGAUACGUACGGACGGCAACUUCACGGGUAACGAUCGUUUCGAGGGAUACUGCAAGGAUCUGGCAGAUCUGCUAGCACAUAAACUCAACAUAACUUAUACCUUGAAGUUGGUGAACGACAAUUCCUACGGAUCGCUCGGCGAGAACGGAGAGGGCGACUGGGACGGCAUGGUUGGAGAGCUCAUCAGGGAGGAGGCUGACAUAGCCAUCGCCCCCCUGACCAUCACGUCGUCGAGGGAGAAAGUUAUCGACUUCACUAAACCCUUCAUGACCCAGGGUAUCUCCAUCAUGAUCAAGAGGCCCGUUAAGCAAAACCCCGGCGUCUUCAGCUUCAUGUCGCCGCUCUCAGAGGAGAUUUGGCUGUGCAUUCUCUUUGCUUACGUGGGAGUUUCGAUUGUGCUCUUCUUAGUCAGCCGCUUCAGUCCCUACGAGUGGCGGGUCGUAGAAAACUACAGCAAGAAUACGGUUCGCAACGACUUCACGAUCUGUAACAGCCUGUGGUUCACCCUGGGCGCCUUCAUGCAACAAGGCAUCGACCUGUGUCCCAAGUCUCUGUCGGGCCGUAUAGUGGGGAGUGUCUGGUGGUUCUUCACGCUCAUUUUGAUCUCUUCGUACACGGCAAACUUGGCUGCGUUCCUCACGGUCGAGCGCAUGAUCACGCCCAUCAAAAGCGUCGACGACCUCGCCAAGCAAACCGAAGUCGAGUAUGGCAUCCGCAGCGGGGGAUCCACCAUGGAAUUUUUUGCUAGGUCGAAAAUCCCAGUGUACAACCGCAUGUGGGAGUUCAUGACGAGCAGAAAGCACGUCUUCACAGACACUUACCAGGAAGGCAUCGAGAGAGUGCGCUCUUCCAAAGGCAAAUACGCAUUCCUUUUAGAAAGCGUGCGUAACGACUACACCAACGAGCAGCUACCCUGCGACACCAUGAAGAUUGGCCAGAACCUCAACACGAAUGGCUAUGGCGUGGCUACACCUAGAGGAUCGCCUAUCAAGGACAGACUGAACCUCGCUAUUUUGGACGCCAUCGAGAACGGUGAUCUGGCCAACAUUAAGAACAAAUGGUGGUUCGACCGCUCGCAAUGCACGGAUUUACAAACGGAAGCCCAAACGAAUGCGCUAACGCUGAGCAAAGUGGCUGGCAUAUUCUACAUCCUAGCUGGGGGUCUGGUCGUCGCCAUGGUUGUGGCACUCGGAGAAUUUUGCUACAAGUCUCGAGCGGACGCAACGCGAGCGAAGCUGAGUUUGUCGGACGCUAUGAAAGCCAAAGCGAAGAUGUCGAUAACGGGCGCCAAGGACAUGGACAACGGCAGGGGACCGCCAUCGGGAUCAGCCUCAAACAGCAACGCUUCUUCCACGCAGGCUGGCCACUGCCAGGCCUACGCUGCUGCAGCCGCGGCCGCUUCCACAUCUUCAUCACAAUCGGUAGGAACUCUCUACUCCCACCAUCACCCUCACCACCAACUCCACCAACUGCAUCACCAUCAUCAGUUGCAGCAUCACCACCCUCAUCAACACCUGGGCUCUUGUCUUUCCCCUACUCCUCCGGUGGUGCCACCGAACUCUGUCACCGCGUCGAGCCAAGGAUACGUGAUCCCUCUAAGGACCUCUCAAGGAUCGGGGUCCAUGUCCCCGCAACAAAUGUCCUACGCAUCGCCAUCUGCACAGACCGUCACCUCUGGGGUCGUGCAGACAACACCCUUAUCCCCCAACACCCCCACUGCACAUAACUGUGCAGAUCUCCCUUUCUAGAUCUUCGUACUAUUUGCAAAUGUUAUGUUCAUGGUAUAGUAUAUAGUACCUAAAGCGAGUAGUACAUGCGGUGACAUGGUGGGUAUCGCAUGGUGUGUCAUGAUGCAUAUAAUAAUCUUUCUAUGUAUCUUAACUGUAUUGCCGCUAAUUCGAGUGCCGAAAUAUGUGAACCGAAAUUUAUGGGGUAUUUCAAAUAGUUUUCUUUACUAGGUUUUACCGCAGGCAUUGAUCAUCGGAAUUUUCAAUUGCCAAUUUAUAAUCAAUUAUGGCCUCUUCCAUAUCAUUUCUACUGUUUAAUGUGUUGUCAACUUGACAAUUUUAUCUCGUCUAAAUUUUGUUUUUAUUUUUAUUUAUGUAAUUUACAUGUAUCCUAUUUAUAUUAGAGACAAAUAUUCAGAAAUUCUCACUUCAGCAGAGUUUCUGCGAAUUAUUUCCCCUUUGCAAACAAUGGACCUCAGUUCCAAAAAUUAAAUUAAAGAACCCCGGAGUCACCGGGGGUCACCUAUGACUCAUUCAAUUGCAAAAUAACUGAAAGGCUUUUUGAUUGCAAUUAUUAUUUAUAACUAUGGGUCAAUCUUUUUUUGCGGUAUGAUUUUUGGAGGUGAUUGCUUUUAGAAACAGGACUGUUUUAACUCAUCGGCUAAAUAAAACGAUUAAAUGAGAUGAAACACUUGGAACAUGACAUAAUCUCGAUGUAAAUGUAUAAACGUGUUUGAAUGUAUUCACUGCAUAUAAAUAUGAGUUAGCUAUAAGCCAAUAGAGAAGACAAAGCCAUUGUUAUACGCUUUCCUGAAUAUAAGCUCUCCUAUAUCUUGUCUCUUGACGUUUUCUUAUCUUGGUAUUUGUGGUGUUUUCGUGUCGUGUGUCGAAGAGAUGAAGCUCAAACUCUUAAGCUUGAGGUUCGAUGAAUUAUUUGAAUAGAUUUAAUGUGUCAUUUAGCUUUUGCCUUCUUUGUUUGUUAUCGAUAUUAAAUUCCAUUAUCAUCCAAAGUUAUGCCGAGUAAUUUAAGGAGUGCUAGAUCAUGCUAACGAACAGAGUCUUUUGUGUGUUAUUUGUAGAUUAUUAAAUUCAAUUCCAAUUCAUCAACCUCUGGUGAUGGUCAAAUUAUUUGUUCAUUUUUAAGAUAAAUUUUUAGACAAGAGGUUAUCAUAAUAAAAAAAAUUAGGAUUCUCAAAUGUAUACGAGAUGACUACAUUUAUUUAUAAAGUGACUGGAAUAGAAAUUUUUCCUUGCUCGGUUUGAAAAAUAUAGUUGGUCUCAUUAGCCUUUGCAGAAAAUAGUUUUUUACUAACACUCAACCGGAUAGCACUUUCUGGGGCGAAAUAGAAAUUUUUUGUCUUCCUGAAUUUAUAUUUACACAUGUUAAGACCCCUCAGGAAUACUUGAAUUCUAUAUUUAUUAACAACCAAAUUCUGUAUGAUGAAGGUAAGCUUUGCCAUAAAAGUUUCUACACUUCCAUUUCGACCAAAAACCAUUCUCUGCUAAUGAAGGCUGAGGUCGCGUGUUUUGGCUUAACAUCGGAUCACAAGUUCCUCACUUCAGCCGUCGAGCAAAAUAUCUACAUCUGCCUCGUGUAUUGACAAACUUGAGGAGUAGAGCAGGCCAUUGUCUUGUGAGGAACAUUGAAGCGAGAGCAACCAUUAUCUGCACCGCACAUCAUUUUGUCCAUGUUCGCUGUAUCUUUGAUGUUGCGUUCCCAGUUCUUUAGCAUCGUAGACCAAAGCGGGUUCCUUUGUGGUCGUGCUCUGGUGUAUGUCUUAAUUGUGCGGCGACUAAGUAAGACUGACGAGGAAAAUUUAUUCGGUGCACCGAAGACGUGAAAGAAUCCAUUGCCUGCUGUGCGUAGAGUGAUGCAGAUAAGACGUAAUGAUUACUGGGACCUGUGACGUGUUGGCUGCUGUGACGUGCACCGCGUUGGCUGCUGUGGCGUGCACCGCGUUGGCUGCUGUGACGUGCACCGCGUUGGCUGCUGUGACGUGCACCGCGUUGGCUGCUAUGACGUGCACCGCGUUGGCUGCUGUGACGUGCACCGUGUUGGCUGCAGUGACGUGCACCGCGUUGGCUGCUGUGACGUGCACCGUGUUGGCUGCUGUGACGUGCACCGCGUUGGCUGCUGUGACGUGUUGGCUGCUGUGACGUGCACCGCGUUGGCUGCUGUGACGUGUUGGCUGCUGUGACGUGCACCGCGUUGGCUGCUGUGACGUGCACCGCGUUGGCUGCCGUCACAAAGUUCACAUCAGCCGCAGAAACGCUCGCUUCAAUUUUUGGAGAUUGGAUGUUGAGAUAUCUGUGACCAAACUGACAGCAUCCCGAUUCAUGAAGGGAAAAACCGUCCGUAGAGUUCGUAUUUGUUGACAUCAAUUAAAUUUCGAAUUGUGUAAAUAAUAAUAUGGUGUAUAAAACAAUAUCUUUCGCCGGGUCUGUUAUUAGUAAUGCACCAAAAUUAGUUUCACUGGACCUAAAUUAUCAUUUUUAUGGAUUAAUCCUCUUUAAUAUCAAUAUUAGCGUCAUUUUUUCUAGUCCGUGUCUUUUAUGUUACCUCUGAAGGGCUAUCUAGAGUUUGCAAGGCCAAAUUGUGUUAUUCUUCAUGACGAAUAAUAUUAAUGGUGAUUUCUUUAGUGUUGUAGGAGCUUUUUAGCUCUCCUUUAUGUGUACGAAAUGUUGAGUUUAGCUCCUUGUUUGUGUAAUCCUCUAAUACACAAAACAAUAUCUGUGUAAUAAAGUAAUUUGUGUAAUAAUUGUGUAAUAAUUUUGUAUUCUCAAUUAAAAUAGCAGAUCGAAAUGAAUCGCAACCAUGAUUUUGACAUUUUCUUCACACACUCGCCCAUUAUACUCAAUCAUUCAAUGUCUAAUUUUUCUUUUAUCUAUGUCUUUUCAACUGUAGAAUUGUUAUAAGAUUUAAUCUAGCAAAAAUACGACUAUUAAUAUUCUACGAAAUACACCUUCGUUACUUCAAAUUUCUUAUUACAAAUGAGAAAAUAAUCACGUGCAACAACCACUUUAUUCGUUACAACGAUGACGUUCUUACACGAGUGUUUAGAUGACUUUGAAAAGUUGUGUUCCGAAAUUCGGCUAAUUACUUUUAGCAUAGAAUGGUUUGACUUACGGGUUAGCAUCCAUUAACAAACUCUUGGCAUUUCUCAUCUCACAGGAAAGUGAUUUUGCAUAGUUGAGAGGUUUACUUCUUGAAGUGUACAUGUUUAAUGUUUAUCAUUCUGUUCUAGCCCCUAAUAUUGCUCUAUGACGUGUUGCCGAUAGUUUGUAAGGAACUUGUAUAGCUCAGGAUAAUAUUUGUCCAAUGUGCAUAGAGUAAAUAGUUUUUUAAAUACGUUUGUACGUUUCAUACGGAGGUGCCACUCAGACACUGGUUAUAAAUGUUCAGGUGAGAACAAGUCGAAGAUAUUCCAGGGUAUGUCGAAUGUUUUCUCAUUUCUCCCUCACUUCUUGUUUUUCAUGUGCUACAUAGACUUAUGCUAAUGACAUCCUUUACUUUACACUCUAUCAGAUUCAUGGCCCAAGAUCAUCGUCUCUAAUCUGCAUCAAAAAAUUAUUCAUUCAAGUUGCAAAUCAAUGUUAGUUUAUUAGUUCAAGAUGCGAGAAAACAUUGCACUAUUGCGCUUAAAAUGUUUGUCAAAUAAUAUUUCUUUCAUUCAUUAUGGUUCAAAUAUUCUUAAUUUAUUGGUGGAACCUCGAGCCGAUUCCUGUUGAUUCCCCUCAGUCAAAUAAUAAUAUUAUUUUGGUUCUGAAAAAUGUUAAUUAAUUUCGGCUAAAGUCCCAUAACUGCAGUCCCUUCAAAGCACGAGUUCACUCUGAUAAUUGGCCUCUAUUUUUCCACGCUGUUUCAAAAUCCAGGCGAUUCCUACGAAAAACACUCGCUUUUUAUAGAGCAAUCGCCGGGCAGCCGACUGUUGACCCUCGGUUAGUAUGGCCUGGUCCCACCAAAAAAACUUUUCCUUUGCAAAAAAAAAAUUAAAAAAUAAAAUACAUGGAAAAAAACGGAAAAAUUGCCGGGAUCGGUCUGGAUGAAACGAGGGUGUACAGCGCUCUGCACUCGCCUCCAUCACUGAACCGAGGCUCAAAACAUGAAACGAGCCACUUUUUUUUUUUUUGGCCGUACCAUCUCGCCUAACGUACCAGCUGGCUCUCCAAACUCCAGGUCCAUCAGGCCAACAUAAUAUCACCGCAGUGAGGUAAACAUUUCGCUAUAUAGGUGAGGUUUGGGGUAUAUAAGCUUUUUUCUGUACAUGUCACCUAAAUCUGUUGAACUUUUUGUGAGAGUUCUGUAAAAAAAUUUUAAAAUAAUUAAUUAAUGAGAAAAAACAGGAAUAGUAGCAAGCGACUUCUACAUUUAUUCUAAGAGAGUAAACGAAAUUUAGCAGGAAUUUACAAAAAAAAAAAUAAAACACCAAGCAAAUUCGCCAUAUCGAUUUUAAAAACGUUUCGGGGUCCAGCUCCAUCGUCAGUUGGACAAUCUAAAAAUGAAUACAAUUAAAUAAUU